AUUCUCCCCCAAAGUGUGCAAAAAAUACACUACGGGAUCUGUAGAUCCACAGCUCAUUCUUGCAGUAUUACAAAUCCAACCUUUAGAUAUUAUAAUAUACAUCAGUAUAAUUAUAAGCUUAUCCACUGGUUGUGAGUGGGAAAGCUCUUUCAUCAAACCUUUAACAGGAAUUAUUCCCCUCGGACAAGUCCUCGAGGUACAUUUCCUUGUCGCGGGUUUGAUUGAUUGAUUGUAUGUUGUUUAACGUCCCUCUUGAGAAUUUUUCACUCAUAUGGAAAUGCCGCCACUUGUUGGUGGAGGGCUACAAAUUUUGUCCUAUGCUCGGCACUCGGGGCCUUUGAGCAGUGAGGGAUUUUUUUCGUGCUAGCACCUACUGCGACAUGGGACCUCGGUUUAUGCGGUCUCAUCAGAAGGACCGGUCUCCACGUCCCACAGUGGGAGUCGUAAGGAUUGACUCCUUACUUCGCGACUCGAGAGCAUACGCUUUUACCACUGCAUCACGCGGGCGAUGUCGCGGGUUUGAUAAGAGACCUAUUCCACUCACAACUUUCAUUUUGAAUACUUUAAACCUGCUAACAGUAAUGUACAAAAUAUUUUGCUUUGGAUUAUGGACAGAUCAGUUGAUGUUCCCUCCAGCAGGUGUCUCGGCGGCUGAUCACUUCAGCUCUCCAUCACCAGGGAGCACCAAGAGACGACUAUUAAGUGUCCUGACCAAGCCCCUCAAUACACCACUGCCUGUACCAGUGUCCUCAGAGAAUACUCCUACAGAAAAAAGCACUAGUACAGGGACCAAGACCACACAGAUUAUAGCCUUUCAGCAGGCUCUGACAAAUGAUGGCAGACAGAUUUUGUCAUGGAAAUGACCUUGUUACAGACAUGAAGGCACUGGUUCGACAAAAAAUUAUGCACAUUGCAGGUUGUGUGGAAAAUGGAAGAUACCAAAAUUUGAUACCAAGUAUUGAGGAUACAAUUGAGAUGAUGAUACAGUUAUCACAGUUCACAGAUAUCGAGAACACGUUAAAUUUAAUGGAGGAGGCACUUCCACAUUUAAAUGGAAUAAUCAACUUAGGAGCUGAUGAGAGUAGUAUAGCUGCAUGCCCUGGCCCAGAAUUGGAGUAUCAUGGAAGAGGACGACCAACCUUUAAAAUACCACAAGAAACAUUAGAGUUUUUUCUUGACAAUGGUUUUAAGGUUGCAGAAAUUGCAAGGCUAAUUGGAGUAAGUAAAAGAACAGUUGAAAGACGCCUUAGUGAAAAUGUGUUGAGUGUAAGACAGUCAUACAGUCAGAUGACGGACGAGGAGCUGGAGGGUGAAGUGAAUACAAUUGUAACCGAAUAUCCGCAUGUUGGUUACCGAACAGUAUCUGCAUUUUUACGAAGUAAAGGACACCGUGUUCAAGAAAAGAGAAUUCGACAUGCCAUGCGUAAUGUAGAUUCAUGUGGUGUGCUAUUUAGAAGACUCGUUCUUUCGACUAGUCGAAUUCAGAGGCGUUCAUACAGCGUGACAGCUCCACAA